AGCUUGCCGUUUGGCUGGACUGCCUGGCCAACAAGCCCCAGAUCCCCUUGUGGCUGCUAAAGCCAUGCCUUUGAAAGACACCAUGGCACUUGUGAAGGAACCGCAGCCGCUACCUGUGGUCCCUUUGCCAUGGUUCUUCCCGAGCCUGUUUGCCGCCUUCAAUGUGAUGAUGCUGGUCUUUGUGAGUGGCCUCUUCUUCGGGUUCCCUUGCAGGUGGCUGGCUCAGAACGGGGAGUGGGUCUUCCCAGCCGUCACAGGCCCACUCUUCGUCCUCACCUUCUACAGUCUCGUUUCGCUCAACUUCUCAGAUCCUGGUAUCUUACAUCGAGGCUCCACCACCGAGGACCCCAUGACGAUACAUGUGGUGAGUGUGAACCAAAGGGCCUUCCGCCUGCAGUGGUGCCCAAAAUGCUGCUUUCAUCGCCCUCCCCGGACCUGCCACUGCCCCUGGUGCAACAUUUGUGUGGAGGACUUUGAUCACCAUUGCAAGUGGGUCAAUAACUGCAUCGGUCACCGCAACUUCCGUCUCUUUAUGCUGCUGAUUCUGUCCCUCUGCCUCUACUCCGGCGCCCUGCUGGUCUCCUGCCUGAUGUUCCUAAUUCACACAAGACAUCUGCCCUUCUCCGUGGACAAGGUUAUGGCUAUCCUGGUGGCUCUGCCGGCUGCGGGCUUCCUGAUCCCGCUCGUCCUGCUGCUGCUGAUCCAUGCUGUAUCUGUGAGCGCGGCGGAGCGCUCCUGCGAGAACAAGUGCGGGUUCCAUCAAGAACACAACCCCUUUGACCAGGGCUUUGCCAGGAACUGGUAUCUGACGAUGUGCGCGCCACUGGGUCCCAAGUACAUGUCCGACGUUGUCUGUCUGCAAAGACCUGUGGGGACAGAAUGGAUUUAUGAGAAGAUACAGCUUUCGCCACCAUGUCCUCCUAAACACUGUUCCCCAGGUCCUCCUGUGCUGCAGCUCCAGCCCCAAGCCCAGCCCCAGCCCCAGCCUCCACUCACGGCACAGAAACGGACUUCAGGAAGUGGUGAGGUGGCCAUUGUUCUCCAGGAGAUUGAUGCCAGCCCACGGCUGUCUUUGCUGUCCGAGGCCCCUAGACGAGGCUCGUCCCGGCGCUCACAGAGCCUGGACCCCCUGAACCUACGCCUCCCGGUCUGAAUCCCCGUGGUCCACUUGGUCCCAGAUCAUGUAGCUUCAUUGGUGGGAGCAU